ACCACCUCCACCACCACCAGCACCACCAGCACCACAUUCCAUCUCCAGACCGAACCCGUGCAGGAUGGCUCCGUACGGGACCUCCUGCGUGCUGCUGCUGCUGCUCUGCCUCGGCGCCUCCCUGGCCGAGAUGGUGUUCCGAUGCCCGGCGUGCACCGCGGAGCGCCAGGCGCUGUGCCCGCCGCCGACAGACACGUGCACGGAGAUCGUGCGGGAGCCGGGCUGCGGCUGCUGCCCGGUGUGCGCCCGGCAAGAGGGCGACUUCUGCGGGGUGUACACGCCGAGGUGCUCCGGCGGUCUACGAUGCUACCCGCAACCCGACUCGGAGCUACCGCUGGAGCAGCCGGUGCAGGGCCAGGGGCUGUGCGGCCCCCAGAUGGACCCGGAGCCCCCCACUUGGAGCCCGGAUGCCCCCCGGGAGCACGCCAGCAGCGGCCAGUGACUGGACGGCUCCGGUUGUUUCCUCUUCCAUCAAU